AGACUCCGUCCACCACCAUCCCCGAUCCUCAUCGACAACAUCGCCAUCCAUCGUCGCCACGCCACUAUCCGCCUCAUGACUCUACGACAGUGACUUUUUUCUUUUCGCAUUGAUACGGCGCCUUCAAAGGCCAUCUUACAUUUCGCACCAGUCCGCCAUGGAGGACAGGAUAAACUUUGAUCUCAACGAAUCCCUAAAGCACUAUCUCAGUGAUCCGGCUACCGUCCCGACCACUGAAGCAGAUUCCGAGCUUCUCGACUGCGAAAAUGACCCAGAGUCCUUGUCGUCCGCGCAGAUAGACGCGGUACUGAACCCCAUCGUCGAUGCCGUCGCAGAGAGCCCGGAGGGCCUGACGAGGGCAGUCUUUUUUGACUCGCUUCAACUUCUGCUCAAGUGUGUCACCGCGAUCUCGUCCAAGACGUUGAGCAAGAUUCUCGACCUCAUCGUAUCCGGUCUCGCCGUUGAAGCCGAUAUCAUCCACGGUGAUCUCGAAGCCGACGAACAAGAUGCCGUACAGCACCACAAGCAGUUGCUGGAGAUGUAUGGCUUCCUGCUGCAAUGGGCGCUGUCGGCAGUGGAGGUCAAAGCCGCAGAGAAAACGACAGAGGCAGUUCCUGCGCGUUCACGAAAAGGGCCCAAAUCGAAGAGCAACAAAGAUGGCCACUGGGACUGGACAGCUCAGAUUCAAAUCGCUAUGGAGACCAUGUGUAAAGUCAUGAAGCUCAAACUCAGCAAGAUUUUCCUAACUACUUCCGACCGCGACACUUUCAUCAGUCUCUUCACGCGAUCGAUCUAUCUGAUACUGGAGAGCGAGCAGCGAGUCAAAAGCAUGUCCAUCCGGAUGCACGCCUUCAAGGUAUUGUGCAUCGCGGUAAAACAUCACGGUCACGCGUUCGGUGCCCAGACAUCGAUCGUCCAGAACUUGACUUAUUUUGAACAUUUGUCGGAACCGAUGGCAGAAUUCUUGCACAUUCUGGCGGAGCAAUACGAUUAUCCUCAGCUGUCCGACGAGAUAUUAAAGGAAUUGGCAAACAAGGAGUUUAACUCGAAUGAUACCAGAGGACCCAAGUCGGUCUCUGCGUUCAUCGUGAGGCUGUCGGAGCUUGCUCCCAGACUGAUCAUUAAACAGAUGACAUUGCUCGCGAAGCAAUUGGAUAGCGAGUCAUACACUUUACGAUGUGCCAUUAUUGAAGUCUGCGGGAACCUUGUCGCGGACCUUACUAAGGAGGAAGAAAGGACCGAGAGUUCCAAGACGCAGAUCAAUGCCUUCUUCGACGUGCUGGAGGAGAGAUUCCUGGACAUCAACCCUUACUGUCGGUCCCGAACAAUCCAGGUCUACAUGAGACUCUGUGAUUUGGAGCAGAAGUUCCCCAAGAGGAGGCAGAAGGCGGCAGAACUGGCUGCACGUAGCUUGGAAGACAAGAGCAGCAAUGUCCGAAGGAACGCAAUCAAGCUGCUGACCAAACUGGUCUCAACCCAUCCCUUCAGUGUCAUGCACGGCGGACAACUCUCGCACAAAGAGUGGACUACUAGACUAGAGGCCGUGGAAGCUGAGCUCGAUGCGCUAAAACCCCCUCCAGAGACGCCCGGUCUUGGGGAUGAUCCCGCAGCCGCACAUAUCGAUAGCGAGCUCUUGGACGAUGCCACGACCCUCCAAGAUGACUCGCCGGAGGACUCCCCAUCGAAAACGCCAAGGAUGACCGACGAGCAAAGGGCCGCUGCCAUAAAAAAGGCUGCCGAGGAGGCAGCAACAUCCGAGCUGCUGGCACGCUUGCAGUUAACUAGGAAGUACUAUGUUGAAGCUCUUCGAUUCAUUGAAGUCCUUCAUUCUGCAUCAGGGAAUGUCUCGCAAUUGUUAUCGGCUCGAAACAAGAGCGAAGUCAUUGAAGCGAUGGACUUCUUCGUGGUCAUCGAUGCGUACAAAGUAGAAACUGCGCGCACAGGAAUCCGGCGAAUGCUUCGACUUAUCUGGACGAAGGGAAACAGCGACGAAGGCAAGGGCGUCCAGACACAUCUGAUUGAUUGCUACAAGGGACUCUUCUUCGAAGCACCGGAUUCGUUCAGCACAAAUGACGCUGCUAACUACAUUGCCCGAAACAUGAUCAGUUUGACGUUCGGGUCUACUCCGGCAGAACUUACGUCGCUUGAGCAGCUGCUCAGUACCAUGAUGAAAGCCGGUCACAUAUCUGACGCGGUCAUCGCAAAGCUGUGGCAGGUCUAUGGUGUCCAAAGAAAGGAAAUCUCGCGAACGCAGCGCCGGGGCGCAAUUAUUGUCCUUGGUAUGCUUGCUCUAGCCGAUCCAGAAAUCGUUGUCAAGGAGAUCGAAACGAUGCUCCGAAUCGGUCUGGGAAGCCUUGGACGAGCGGAUUUGGUCCUUGCAAAGUACACAUGUAUUGCACUGCGAAGGAUGAUUCCGGGUCGACAAGCGAAGUCCAAGGACACAGGAGUCUCAAAGCUGCCAAAUGACCACGCGGUUUUGACUAAGCUUGCAGCCAUGACAGAUAUAGUCACAGACAACAAAGAAUGGUACGGAGUAGCAGAGCAAGCUAUCGGUGCUAUCUACGCUCUUGCCAAGCAUCCAGAUAGCCUCUGUUCAGACAUCAUCAGACGGAAGACGAAGUUCGUUUUCCAGCCUCAUCCCCAACGAGCUGCGUCCGAGCAUCCGACUGUCGAGGGCGAGGAACAGCGACCAGGAACGGCAUCAAGCAACGAUCAAGCGGCCAAGGAAUAUAAUACGUCUUCAAUGCUCUCACAGUUGCUCUUCAUUGUUGGUCAUGUUGCCAUAAAGCAGAUCGUCCACCUCGAGCUUUGCGAACUCGACUUCAAACGACGCAAAGCUGAGCAAGAAAAGAACAAGCCUGCCAAUCAAGCCCAGAAGAAGAAGGAUGAAGUAACCGAGGAUGACGAACUUGAUCUCAUCGGCGGCACCACCGAAGAUGACUUCACCGAAGCGAUAGCUCAUAUUCGCGAACGUGAGCUUCUCUACGGGGAGAACUCCCUCCUGACAAACUUCGGGCCUCUGGUGACUGAGAUCUGCGCAAACAACAAUGCUUAUCCUGACCGCAACCUUCAAGCCGCUGCGACUCUCUGCAUGGCUAAGCUGAUGUGUGUGUCAGGCGAGUACUGCGAGAAGAACCUUCCUCUUCUCAUAACCAUCAUGGAACGCUCUGAAGACCCUAUUGUUCGUAGCAAUGCUGUUAUUGCUUUGGGAGAUAUGGCAGUAUGCUUUAACCAUCUUAUCGACGAGAACACGGACUUCCUUUAUCGAAGACUUAAUGAUAAAGAUUCCUCCGUAAAGCGAACAUGUCUGAUGACCCUUACCUUCCUGAUCUUAGCCGGUCAGGUGAAGGUCAAGGGACAGCUGGGCGAGAUGGCGAAAUGCUUGGAGGAUGAGGACAAGAAGAUUGCCGAUCUGGCACGCAUGUUCUUCACUGAACUGGCAACCAAGGACAAUGCUGUCUAUAACCACUUUGUGGAUAUGUUCAGCUUAUUGAGCGCUGAAAAGGACCUUGACGAGGGUGCGCUGAAGCGUAUCAUCAAGUUCUUGGCUGGUUUCAUUGAAAAGGACAAACAUGCCAGACAACUUUCAGAGAAACUUGCGGCGCGUCUGCCGAGAUGCGAGACCGAAAGACAGUGGAACGACGUGGCAUACGCUUUGUCACUGCUUCAACAUAGGAAUGAGGAGAUCCAAAAGACCUUGGCUACCGGAUUCAAGGUUGUCGCGGCGGCCUCGUAGAUCAUCCAGAUAGCAUAAGAAUGCGAUGUUGGAGUUGGUUUCCAUUGUGGGUUCUUCGGUUCUGGCAUGGGGAUUCUUUUUUUGGUCUGGAGUUACAAGGAUGUGUCAUGAACUGGGAAUAUACUCUGAUAUGCAUGGGGAGGAUAUAUUAUUUUGAUUUUGCCUUAUCCUAGGGGGAGGAAAGAACUCCGCAUUUUUAUUCCAAGCAGAUCUCAUCUUGAGAAUUUAUGGAAGUUAUAAUUCAUCGAACACGUAUAUACGGUCCCCGGGAUUUCUUCAAUUACGACGA